GGCGUUGAUGAGCGUUUAGUUUAACAUUUCAGCUUAGCGGUAUUAAACGUGCGUUGACUAACAAGCAUUGAACGUUACGGUUUAAACAAAUUUGAAAAAAAAGUGAACGAAAUUUUAAACGAAGAAAAAAAGAAACGGAAAACCUUGUUAGUUUUAAUUAAAAUGCAAAGAAAGUGAAAUUAAUUUAAAGCUAAAGAAUAGAAAUAUAAGAAAAUAUGAAAUAAUUUUUUAUAAAAAAUUAGAGUUAAAUUAAAAAAAUUCAGUGUUAGUGUUUAAAUGUAUCAAAAAUGAAUCCCAUACAAGAAGAAUCUGAACAACGUAUACCUCUCAUGGUGAAUUCUUUAGAUGAGACUAACUCAAAUAUACCUUAUGCUGAUGACAAUAAAUCCAAUGAUAAUUCUGUUCCCCCCAGUCGCAAAGUCUCUUUAAGUAGUAGACGUAAUGUUGAUCUAACUUUACAAAUAGAAAAUGAUUCGAGUAUUGUUAAUAGUACAGCAGACUCGGGUAAUAAUUCACCUAAAACUGCCUCAGAUGAAUCGACGGCUAUGGAAACACCACCUUUGCCAUUGCCGCGUGGUUUACGUCGUAAUUCGAUAUCUAUGCCUUCGGGCAUUAAUGCCAUAGAGGAUUUGGAAGCUUUAAGGCUGAAACAUCAAAUGCAGGAACAAGAACCAGUACCGGAAGAGGAGAAGAGUAAUAGUCGAACGGAUAGUGUUAUUGAUGAUAUUUCCGGUUCGGUUACAUUUAGUGUACCGGAAAAAAAUGUCACAACUAUUCAAUGUGAGAAACCCGAAGAGGAGGAGAGCGAUGAUGAAUUGGAAAUACAUGGUAAAAGAAGGUAAGUUAUAGGUUGAUAGAAAAG